AUGCCACCUAAGCGUUCUCUACCAACCGGCAAACCCACCAAUAGCCCUUCCAAGUCCAAGAGAUCUCGUCCAUCCAAUACAUCCACUACACCCCGCAAGAGAACCAAAGUCCAACGAUCUAUAUGGAAUUCGAAAGAUGAUUGGGAUACCUUGAUCUCGGAAUCUCAAUUAUCAACAUCAUCCAUAUCCAUCCGGCCACCCAGAUUGAGGGAAUUGCCGUCGUUGGUGAAGUGCUGUAGUGAGUCGAUAGCAAGGGGGUUCAAGAGAUUAUGGGAUGUUAGCGGUGAUGGCACCGGUGCCGAGUUCAAGGUUGCGUGGGGAUAUCUACCGAACCAUCUGAAAGAGGGCAUAAGGGACUCAGUGUUUAGGUAUUGGGGAGGGUUUCUGACUGUCAAGAUCCUUGCGGAGGUGUUCCUCAUCCCACCUCAUUUGUACCUCCCCGGUGAACUUCUUCCUUCAAUCUCCCAAGCAGAACACGUCAAGUCACUCAUCCCCUCACCUGAACUGAGAGACCAAUUCACCUCUCUCAGCUUGAAACACGCUUCCAAAGCUAGUGAUCUAGGUAUCUCAGCGAUAAUAUACAAUCUAUCUUAUCUCGAGUCGAUAAAUCUGAAGGGAUGUAGUCUGGCCGGAGGGAAGGCUAUCAAGCAGAUCUUAGGACGAUGUAGUGGGUUGAAGAGAUUGAAUAUGAAAGGUACGAAAAUUACCGAAAAGGAUGUCAAGUAUUUGUUGGAUAGGUCUGGGAAACGGUUGGAAGUGUUUAAAGUGGAUUCAAUAUCUUUUGAAAAUAUCAACGAUACAUUCUCUUCUCAACCAUACCCAUCCCUCACCCACUUAUCUCUCCCAGGCGAUUUCCUCAACUCUCCUUCCAAAGACUAUCGUCAUCGAUCCAAAAUUCUAUCUCAAUCCUUUGGGGGUUAUCCACAACCCCGUCAGGCAAAUCCUGAAAAUGUCAUUCAGUGGUAUACCUUUUCCGACCAUUUUCCAAGAUUGACUCACCUAUAUCUCCCCGGGUUACUUAUACCUGAAGAUACACUUAUAAACCUCUCUCCGGGAUUAAUUAAAUUGGAUUUAGGAUCAGGUGGACCACCCGUACCGGUUGAAGUUCUGUAUCAUCUCCUGGAGACACAGACGAAUACGUUGAGAUCGUUGAAACUGGGUCAUAUCAAAUCCGCAAAAUUACUUUCAACAGGUAUACCUGAUUCUGCCCCGUUUACGAGAUUAGGCGAGAUACUCAGUCGGUGCGAAAGAUUAGAAGAGUUUAGUAUGAAAGUGGAUCCCGGUGGAUCGAAGGACCCGAAGUGCGAGGCAUGUAUGGGUAGAUAUUCGGAUUUGGUAUUUCGUGAUGGUCUGAGUGGGAGUUGGAGAAACAGCCUGAAGAAAUUGUCAUUGAUCAUACCUCAAUCUAUCGACUCAUCGAUUUUCUUCCCUUCUGAUUCUCAUCAUGAAGAUGAGAGGUCUGUCACAAGUCCUCUAGAACAACUGGAAUUGCCCUCAGCAAUUAUCAAUGAUACCCACACUUUCGCACUCGCCUUACAGGGAUUCCCCAAAUUGAGAUCAUUAGAUUUGUCGGGAACUACUAUAACAGAUGAGGACAUGGGAAUUAUUCUGGAAGGAUGUAAACUGUUAUCGAGGAUUGAUCUGACUAGUUGUAGAGGUAUAAAUGUUAGACAUCGACGGAACAUCUUCAAGGCAUACAAAAGCAAUUGA